UCUAUUCCGGUUCCUUCACUUAUUGUUAGUGUUGUAUCAAUACGCAAACGGCAUUACUAUUAGUUCUUAUCCCCCCCCACAAAAAAAAAAAAAUACCCACAAGAGAUUGAUACACGGAUUAUUGAAAAACAAAAUAUCCAUUUAAUCAUUAACAAAAUGUCCGGAGCAAUGAGACAAUUGGAAGAACGUCAAUUACCAGCUGAGGUUACCAUAAUGAGAUGGUCACCUAAAAUGGAUUUGUUAGCUGUUGCUAAUGUCAAGGGUGAGGUUGCGUUACAUAGAUUAACGUGGCAAAGGGUAUGGUUAUUGAGUCCACAAAAUGAAUCAGAUACAUCAGUAAAUUUAGCAUGGAGACCAAAUGGAAAAUUACUUGCCGUUUGUUAUAUCUCAUCGAAUUUAUUCUGUCUCGUUGACAUAGAGAAUAAAAACAUUAUAUACAAAGUACAAUUGUCAUCGCAAAAUACUAUAACAAGUAUAACGUGGUUACCAUUGAUGAAUGCGGAUUGCGAUAAUUUUGCCAAUAAUAAAAGUAAUAUUUCACCUACCGGUAAUUAUCUUCCUUCAUUGCCCUGCUUGAAUAGAAAUUUUGGUCAAGAAUCUGAACGCAAGGAACUCUUAUCUCAGGCCUUAGACGUAUUGUUUCUUGGCAAGGAUAAUGGUACUGUAGUGAUGUAUGUAUUUGGAAUGUUUUAUUGUGGAGAUAUAGUCGUGGGAAACGGAUCAAUUAUUGAAAUAAGCGGUGGAUCUGGUAGACCAAUAUGGAUUACUUGGAAAGAUAACAAUGGCAUUAUAGUUAACAGAUAUUCAUGUUCAUUGAUUGAAAAAAGUUCUGCAUUUUUAAAGGUAGCUCAAGCUCAAGCAAACAUAGAAUGUUUGAUGGAUUAUCUAUCGCGUACUUUAAUGGCUAUUUCUGAAGCUUGGGAAACAAUUCUUUCAGAGAUGGAUGAUAAACUCGCACGAUACGCUGAAAGUAAUCCACCUGGUGCAGUGGCUGCAGAUUUUUUAGAAUUAUUGAUGAUUGGUAUACCGACACAAAAUUUAGAGAACUUUUUAUUGCGUGAUUUAACUGAGAAAGGUCUGAAAAAAUUAGGUCACAGUAUCGAGAUGUGUUAUAGUAAUAUACAGAAAUUGGUUGUGAAAAAUUUGAACAGCGUAGGAAUGGCAUUAGUAUAUCAAUUAGCUGAAAUCCGUGGUAUGGUUAGAUUAGGUGGACCUUAUGAAUCUCUUGGUUUAAAAAAUGAAAGUCUCAUAACAAAAGCUCUUCAUGCGUCAGAAGCUUUUUUAGCUAAGGCCUCUGAAAUGCAACAAGUGAUAGAUCAUAGCAUGAGAGAUUACAAAGCAUUUUUUAGGUGGUUAUACGUAGAGAUUCAAAGAUUAACAGACGAAAGGAUACCGUCUGAAGUAAGUCGUAUGAGCCAACAGGAAUUAAUAUUUAUCGCUGAAUUUCUUAAAGGAUUUGAUAAAAUUGAAUCGAGCACUGGCAGUAGAAAAGGUGUAAAUUUAGAAAAAUUAGGACAAUAUUUACGUCACGAGCCAUUACAAACUUGUUUAACACCAGAAGGAAGUGAAUGGGCAUCCAUGUUAAAUGAGAAUCAUUGUCUUCGUGAUCAUUCUCUUAUAAUGAAACAAGAUUUGAAUUUUUCAUUGUUACAAUCUCAUGAGAAAUUAGUUAAUGCCAUACGUGAUGUUUUUGCAGUAGCAUAUGAGGAUUUGGUCAAUCAUUUUAAAAUAUUACAAACAUCAUUAAUACCAUCUACGAGCGUUUUAUCUUCUCAAAUAGUAACGAACGAUGGUAAUUUGUUAAUAGCCAGUUCCGAUAUUGAACGUAAAUUUUUACGUCUCUUUCAAGUUGAACCAUUGUUAACGAAUACAUCAUCCGUUUCAUUAUACUUUAAAUCAGCUAUAAUAGAUGUCGAUAACAAGCAAGGAUCCUUUUCGAAAAAUUCAAUCGACAAUGCUAUAGCCGAUUUACAAUUUUAUUCGCAAGAUUAUCUUAGUUUACUUUUAUUGAACAAACAAAAUUAUGCAUCGACUCUUUUGCAAUUACCAUCGAGUCAUGUCAAAUUGUUAGAUCAUCAAAGUCAAUCUUCAUUAUGUUUAACCGAUGUUAUGGGUGCAAUAUGGCCAAGACCAUUUCAAGGUAUAUCUGCUAGACGAUUGGCAGUUAGUGGUGCACGAAAAGUAGCGGCAAUUCUUAAUGAAAAUAAUAGAAAAAUACGUUUGCUUGAAACUGAAAUUGAACCGGAUGAUGAGGAUGACGACGAUGACGAUGGAAUUGACGAUGGUAUGAUGGAUACAACACCUAGUAUAAAUGCAAGUACCACGUGAAAAUACAUAUUAUCCAAUUUGUUUGUAUGUUUCAUUGAAAAAGAAA